UGACACGAUUCGUUAUAAUACAGGAAUCGUUACUAGUUGUCUUAUUUGCACAAAUCUUUGAUCGUAAGGUAACCAUGGCAACAACAAUGCAGGCUGUCCAGCUUGAUGAGCCAGGCACUUCAGAUAAGCUGUAUAUUGGCACUGUUGCCAUGCCAACAUUGACAGCAAAUGAAGUUUUAAUAAAAGUUUUUGCAACAGCUAUCAACAGAGCUGACUUAUUGCAGAGGAAAGGUCUGUAUCCACCACCAAAGGGUGCCAGUAAUAUAUUAGGCUUGGAGGCGGUUGGCAUCAUUGAAGACAAAGGAAUAAAUUGUUCUGAUAAACUUAGCGUAGGUGAUCGAGUACUUGCUCUACUACCAGGGGGAGGAAAUGCAGAAUAUGUAACAGCACAUGAGGGGCAGGUAGCUGUCAUUCCAUCUGGAAUGUCUUUCACCACGGCUGCUGCUAUACCAGAAGUAUGGCUGACUGCAUAUCAACUGUUACAUUUUGUUGGUAAGUUACAGAAAGGCGAGCAUGUAUUAAUACAUGCUGGUGGUAGUGGUGUUGGAACUGCAGCAGUACAGUUAGUAAGACUUGCAGGUGGUGUUCCCAUAGUUACAGCUGGCAGUGAAGACAAAAUCAAAAAGGCAGUUUCUCUUGGAGCAGAAGUAGGAUUCAAUUACAAAGAAGGAAGCUUUGUAGAGAAGGUGUUGAAACAAACUAACAGUGAGUCGGUAUCUUUAAUUUUUUCUUUGAUAGCUCAUAUACCAAAUGAAUGCUGUUAUUUGAUCUUACAGUAUAAAACAGCUUUGGUGAAAGAGUUCAGUGAGAAUGCCUUGCCAUACUUUAAUGUUGGAAGUACUCACCAACUGAAAACAGUUAUAGAUACAGUAUUUCCACUGCAAGAUAUUGGCAGAGCACAUCAGUAUAUGGAAGAUAAUAAAAACAUUGGAAAAAUUGUAAUCCAAGUCAGAGAUGAGAAACAGGAACCACCUCGCAGUGAAUUAUGAUGAGACAUUGAUAUUGAAAUGUAACCAUGUUGAUAUUGGGUUCUACUGUAAUUUGAGAUACUAUUAAUUAUUAAAUAUGUACUUCAUUUUUU